AUGGGAAGUAGGAAUGCCCUAAGAAAGGAGUUAUGGAGAGACGGUCUCCUCAUAGCAGUCAAGAACGUUGACUCCAUGGACACCCGUGGCAGCAACCUCAUGCUUGGGCAGUAUCACACGCAAAACUUCGAGGCUGCUUUUCUUCGUGACCUUGACAUGAAACAACAUAUCGCAGCAUGGGUUGUUGCAGUUGAAUUGUCUUUUGCCUUUAUCGCUCAUUAUCUUGGGUUACGUUCAUGCAAGUGGUGGGUUUCCGUCGGUGAACUGGGUGUUUGCCUCACUGCGGCCUUUGCACGAUCGUUGACUAAGGACCGUCAGCAGAGAUAUCGUGUGGUCGAAAAGAGAUUGGAUAAGCGCUGUACCUCUACCGGAGUGAUCAAGUGUCAACAAGGGGGUCAACCAAUGUCUGCUGAAAACAUCUCUUGGUAUGCAGCAAAACUAUGUCACCAGGAUUACCACACGACAGCAACACAGAUUCUCAAAAUCACUGGCAUGUUAAUAAAAUCCACGAAGAUGGCCGGGCAACUGGGCCACAGAGCAAUGAUUGUGUCAUUUUUGGGCGGCAUCUUGGUAACCGAGGGUUUGGCAUACCCCAACGUCCGCAUGUGUGCAGGAUUUCGAGCAACAGUAUCCCAGCUUGCAGCACAUACAUGCUUGCUAGUUCGGUUGAUCCUUAGACAACCUCAGUGGAUGACAAUGCAUCCUGAAUUCGGAAAUGGCCGAGUUCCACUUGGAAGCGUUUACAUACCACCAAUAAAUUCCAUCGUGGAUUGGUGGGCGAUGUCAGAAGACCGCAAUGAUGCGUUAGACCUUCAGAAGAACUUACUGUGGUCCUUUACCUUGGUCAAUCUGGCAUUCUAUCCAUCGCUCUUGCGGAACCACGGCGACGACAUCCAGCUUAUGGAUGCCAUUAAUGCCGCGCAUCAGGGUAUCGAUAUGGAAGCAGAAAUGAUAGCAAAACAUUUGGUUACGUUUGUAGAUGAAAGUUUGGAGGGAUGA